CUCAAAAUGACCAAACCGUGGGCAAAUACACCUUUCGAGCUUCUCCCUAUUCCUGGAACGCCAGGCACGCAAUCAUGUACCAACCCCGGCAUAAUGUCCGUCGUAAUCGAAAUGGCAAACGUCCAUAAUAUGCUCCUCCGGGGCCUGAACUCGAUCUACCUGCAAGCCCCCAAGAUUACCCAACCAACAGAUAUAGCAGACUUGAUGCUGUACAUCAAAGCUUGGGCGGACACAGUACACAUCCACCACUCGCACGAAGAACUCGUGUUGUUUCCCCGGCUCGAGGAGCUAGCGAAAGAAGCCAGGGUGGCAGAAGGGUUGAUGGAUCCGAAUGUAGACCAGCAUCACUUGUUUGAGCCAAAGUUAGCGGAGACAGCUGCGUAUGUCCAGGAGAUCAUGGACGGGAAGAAUCACUUUGACAGU